AUGAUUAAAAAAAAAUUAUUAGAACAUCUAGCUAGAGCGGUGGGUUUAGUAAAUCCAUCUACAGGAAACAUACUAAAUAUAACUAUAAGACCCUCUAAAAUAUCAAGAUUACAUUUUUUAUCGAUAAAAAAUUUACAAUUAAAACUUAAUUUACUGUACUACAAUCUAAGCAAAGACUUAGAUUCAUACACUUUUGAUGAACCAAUGUACAAAUUUUUGCACUCGAUUUACACUGAAAAAAAAAUGGUAAAAAAAGACAAUAUAGUAGCACUUUAUAUUAGAUCUGAUUAUUUAUUAGACGGUGACCAAUAUAAACAAGUAGAAAUUAAUACUAUUUCACAGUGUUUUGUAUCAUUUGGUCCUUUACUCAACAAAAUACAUUCACUUUUGUAUCCUAAUGUUGAAAUAAGUGAUGCAGAUAAAAAAUUUAUUGAUUUUAUAAAAAACGUAAAAUCAAUAUAUGAAAGUAAAAAUAAAAUACAAGAUACAAUAGUUGUUAUGGUUGAUAGAUGUACUACUAUAGAAACUGAUAAUUAUAUGGAAAAAGCGCAACUUAUAAAAGUUUUUUUGUCACAUGGCAUAUACCUACAUUUUGUAACUAUUGACGAGUUAAAAAUACAACCGGUAGAAAAUGAUAAAAACAACUGUAGCGUGUUUUUAGAUAACAAAAGGGUAUCAAUAAUUUAUUACAGGUGGUUUUAUAAUCUAGAUCAUUUUGAUGAAGAUACUAAAAAAAUAAGAAAAAAUCUUGAAUUAGCAAAUGUUAUAAAUUUACCAAGUGUAGAACUACAGAUGAUUAAUAGUAAGCUUUUUCAAGUAGUUCUAUCGAAGAAGAUAAGUCUCUAUACUGAAGAUUAUAAAGAAAUUUCUAGGUUUUUUGGUGAAUUUAUAGCCAAUAAGACAGAAUUUGAUAAAUUUAGUAAUAAUAAAAGUUUUAAACGAGAAGAAUGGCUUGAAAAAAGUGUAGAUGAAGGUGGAAAUUCUAUAAAUAGAAAAAAAGAUGGAAGUAUAUAUAUGAAAAAAUUUUUAUCUCCAACAGUCAAAAAUGCUUUUCUUAAAGAUUGUAUUGAGAUUAAUAUGAUUAAUGAAGUUAGUAUAUUUGGGAGUUUAAUCGUUCUUGAUGGAAAAGUUCUUUUUAAUGAAGAGUGUGGAUACAUUGUUAGGAGUAAAAAUGAAGACAAUCUUGAAGGAGGAAUAUGCUCUGGCAAUGGCGGUUUAGAUUCAAUUCAAUUUAUUGAUUAA